AUGUCGCACAAGGGGAAGAAUGCCAGUGCCAGCAAGGGCAAGAAGAAGUCGGGCGGAGAGACCAAGAGCGAGGAUCACCUCCAGGCAGUGUGCCUCCUCCCCCUCGCCAACACGCCGCUGAUCGAAUACACGUUUGAGUUCCUGGCGAUGAACGGCGUGGACCAGGUGUAUAUCUACUGCGGCGCGCAUACGGACCAGGUGGAGUCGUACGUCAACGGAUCGCGGUGGGCGACGACGUCGCGGACCUCGCCGUUCAGCGUGGUGCAGUUUGUGCGGGUGGCGGACGCCCGGUCGGUGGGCGACGUGCUGCGGGACAUGGACAAGCGGUCGUUGGUGGACGGCGACUUCCUUCUGGUGCACGGGGACUUGGUGUCGAACAUACUGCUGGACGGCGUGCUGGCGGCGCACAAGAAGAGGCGCGAGGAGAGCGCGGCCAACAUCAUGACCAUGGUGCUCACCAGCGCCGGGGCCGGCGGCCACCGCACCAAGCCCAAGGGCAUCACGCCCAUCUUCGCCAUCGACUCGGUCAGCGGGCGGUGCCUGCACUAUGACGAGGUCAACGCCCUGUCCAGCGAGCGGUACGUGAUGCUCGACCCGGCCGUGCCCGAGGAGCUGUCGACCGACUUCGAGAUCAGGGCCGACCUGGUGGACGCGCAGGUCGACAUCUGCACGCCCGAGGUGCUGGCUCUGUGGUCCGAGAGCUUCGACUACGAGCUGCCCCGCCGCAACUUUCUCCACGGCGUGCUCAAGGACUGGGAGCUCAACGGCAAGAUGAUCUACGCCGACGUCGUCAAGGGCGGGUACGCCGCCCGCGCGAGCAACCUGCAGAUGUACGACGCCAUCAGCCGCGACGUCCUGGACGGCUGGACCGCACCCUUCUCCCCGCUGACCAACAUGCUCCCCGCGCAGGCGCUGAACUACCGGUCGCGCGACGGCGCUGUGGCCAUGGAGGACGGCGUGGACUGCGCACGCGAUGCCGUGCUGCGCCGGUCCGUCGUCGGCAGCGGCGCAUCUAUCGGUAAAGGGUCCACCGUGUCGAACAGCUUCGUCGGCCGGGGCUGCAAGAUUGGCGCAAACGUCGUGCUGGAGGACUCUUUCCUCUGGGAGGGCGCCGCGGUGGGGGACAACUCGCGCGUGACCCGCGCUGUGGUGGCCGACAAGGCCGUCAUCGGGAGGGACUGCACCAUCCAGCCGGGCAGCCUGGUGUCGUUCGGCGUGCGCGUCUCCGACAAGACCACCCUCGCUCCGGGGUCGUCCGUAUCGACGGUGACGUGGUCGGCCCAGCCUGCCAAGCAGGACACUUCGCUGCUGGGGCCGUCGACCAACGCCGCCGCCUUUGUCGACCCGGACGACGACGACGCCGACUCCGAGGACCCGUCGCGUCUGCAGAAGUCGCUCAUAUACUCGCUCGCCGAGGCCAACGUGUCGACAUCGUCGGUGUCGACGCUGUCGUCAGACGUCGACUCGGACUCGGGCUCGGACGACGAAGUCGACACCACACACCUGGACCCGAGUGCGCGCUCGCGCCUCUCGUCAUUCACGUCGGACGGGUCGGGCGACGGGACCGUCCGUGCGGCAUUUCACCACGACGCGGUGUCGGGACUCCUCGACGCACUGUGCGCCACGUCCGGGGACUUCGACUCGGCCAAGCUCGAGUUCAUGGGUCUGCGGCUGGCCAACAACGCCUCGGACACCAUGAUGCGCCGCGCCAUCGCGUCCGCCUUUGCCCACCACGCCGUCGAGCUGCUCACGCCCGAGAACGGCGGGCUCGAGCCGGCCAAGGCCGCCGAGCGUACCAUGACUGCGCGCCCCGGCGCGGCAAAGUUCGUGUCCGAGGUCGCCGUGGGCGACGGAGCCUCCGAGACGGACCAGGCAGACUUCGUGCUCGCCCUGCAGCGUGGUCUGCGUCAGGCCUCCUCCUCGCUCUCAGACGCCCAGACGGACGCUGAGGGGGCUGCCAAGCUGGAUGUGCGCCGUGUCGGGACCCUGCUCGCCGCCCUCCUGCAGCAGCUAUAUUCCCUCGACAUCAUCGAGGAGGAGGGUAUUCUGGCCUGGUGGGCCGAUGACAGGGCUGGCGAGGGUGAGGGCAUGGUCAUACUAAGGGAUAAGUGCAAGUGUGUUGUCGACUGGUUGGAGAAUGCUGAGGAGGAGGAUGAUAGCGAUGAGGAUGACAGCGAGUAG